AAAUAGUCUGUUGAGUUGCUCUCACGUAAUCACGUAACGCGUCUAUCUCCUCCCUUUGUUUCUUGAACCGUUCCCUUCUCUCGGACUCUCUCCUGUCUCCUCCCUUCCCUGGCGGCGACGACCGAGCGGCGGCGUCAUUUGUCCUGUCUUGGCCCAACCCUUUGCCAGCGACGAGCGCAUCCUCCAGUUUCAACAAUGAAGAUGAUCGCUGCCUACCUGCUCGCUGUCCUGGGUGGAAACACUUCCCCCACUGCUGAUGACGUUAAGAACAUUCUGGAAUCAGUUGGGGCUGAAGCUGAUGAAGAGAAACUGGACUUCCUGCUCACAGAACUCAAAGGCAAGGACAUAACAGAAGUGAUUGCAGCUGGAAGGGAAAAGUUCGCCUCCGUGCCUUCAGGUGGUGGUGCAAUUGCUGUGGGAGCUCCGGCUGCUGCAGCUGGUGGUGCUGCACCUGCUGAAGAGGCAAAGAAGGAAGAGAAGGUUGAAGAGAAGGAGGAAUCAGAUGACGAUAUGGGUUUCAGCUUGUUCGAUUAAGCACUGCUGCCCUGCAUGUAGUUUCUUCGCACGUAUGGUCUGAUACACCGGUCGGUAUCGUAUGGUCUGAUACACCGGUCGGUAUCCGCAAAAUAACCAUGCCGAGAACUAGUAUCAGUGUGCUAUUUUGCUUGUGAUAAUGGCAUGUCUAGUACUUUGGUGUCAUGAUAUGCGAGUAUGCAGUCCUCUGUGCUAUUUCGUGUGUACAUGUCUAGUACCGUUGGCAUCCUGUGAUGGUAGCAUGUCUUUCAGGAAACUUAAGAAGUUGAAUGUUAGCCUACAUAUGUGAAAUUUCAGAAUGUUCAGUACCGUAAUA